AUGCGACUACUAAAAUGCGACGAUGUGGGCAACUAUAGCCUGACACCAGACCUCUCCUCCGACGAUGUUCCGCCGUACGCGAUUCUUUCCCACACCUGGGGACCAGACGAGGUUGUCUUCACCGACCUGGCGAAGACGCCAGGUGAUUGGCAGCACAAAGCUGGUUACCGCAAGAUUGAGCUCUGUGCCAACCAAGCGAGACGACACGGGUUGAAAUUCUUCUGGGUCGACACUUGCUGUAUCGACAAAUCUAAUAGCACAGCGCUUCAGACUGCGAUCAAUAGCAUGUUCCGGUGGUAUCGCGAUGCAAAACGAUGCUAUGUCUACCUGUCCGAUGUCUCUGAUCCUUCAACCUUCGGUCGACGGAAGAGCCUGACGCAGUGGGAUGAUAUAUUUCGACAGAGCAGAUGGUUCACUCGUGGGUGGACGUUGCAAGAGCUCAUUGCCCCGAAAACUGUCGAUUUCUAUUCGAAGGAAGGGGCUUGGCUAGGUGACAAGCGGUCAUUAGAGCCUAUGAUACGCGAUAUUACUGGCAUUCCUGCGAGUGCUCUGCGUGGUACACCUUUGUCCGACUUUACUGUCUCGGAACGCGAGGCGUGGGCACUCGGCCGUCAAACCAAAUAUGAGGAGGACAUGGCGUACUCGCUCCUCGGUAUAUUUCACGUCCAUAUGCCACUCAUCUAUGGCGAAGGGCGAGUAAAAGCACAGAGAAGGCUGCGGGAAGAGGCUCAGAAAGCCAUCAAGGGGACACGAACGAACGAUUUCUCUGUUACUUUCAGCCUGUCCGAAGUUCCCGAGAUACAAUAUUUUGUCGCACGAAGGAGGGAAAUCGCAGAGAUGCGCAGAACACUAAGCUCUGAUGGAAGCCGUCGUGUCGUUACCCUCCACGGUCUCGGAGGUAUUGGCAAAACACAGCUUGCGGUAGCGUACGCAAACCGAUUUCGAGAUGAAUAUUCCGCCAUAUUUUGGUUCAACAUUAAAGACGAAGCGUCCAUUCAACAGAGCUUCACUAAAGUUGCGAGGCAGAUUUUGCACCAACACCCUAAUGCUAGUCGCCUCAGCGAAUUAGACCUACAGCAAAAUCAUAACGAGGUAGUCGAAGCUGUUAAAGCAUGGUUCAACUCGCCAGGCAACACUAGGUGGCUCAUUGUAUACGACAACUACGACAACCCGAAGUUGACUAACCGCACAAGUAACACAGCAAUCGACAUUACUCGCUUCAUUCCUAUGGCGCAUCAAGGCUCAAUAAUUGUCACGACCCGGUUGUCACAAGUCGAUAUGGGACAUCUAAUUCGAAUACGGAAGCUUGAAUCAACGGACGACAGUCUCAAGAUCCUAUCAUCGACCUCAGGUCGAAAUGACCUGCAUGAUGACGCGGACGCCAAGAGACUCGUACAAAAACUGGACGGGCUUCCUCUCGCGCUUGCCACGGCUGGGGCGUACCUGAGGCGUGUUUCAAUGAGCUUGGCGGACUAUCUUCGCAUUUACGAGAAAUCAUGGGCGAGACUUCACAUGAGCAUUCCAAGCCUUGGUUCUUACGAAGAUCGCACAUUAUGCUCUACGUGGCAAGUCUCAUACAAACAAGUCCAGGAACAGAACCCUCUUGCGGCUCAUUUACUCCAGUGGUGGGCCUAUUUUGACAAUGAAGACAUAUGGCUCGAACUUCUUCAGCGCAAAGCUGAAGACGGUCCGACGUGGAUGUCUGACCUAGCAGAUGAGCUGAACUUUAAUAGCGCGAUGGGCACACUGCAUGGUUACGGAUUUGUCGAGCCACACAUGUUCAGUCCAGACAUGAUCGAAUCAAGGGGCUACAGCAUUCAUGGCUGCUUGCACUCUUGGGCCAUUCAUAUAUUGAAUCAAGAGGGGGAUAGCUAUCUUGGCAAGCUCGCAGUAAAAUGCAUCGCCUCACGCGUUCCGUCAAAGGACGACGCGCAGUUCUGGCUGCUUCAAAGGCGACUUUUGUCACAUGCAAUGAGGUCUUGCGCCACAAUUCAAGGUAGCGAUGAAGACUUGAACUGGGCUUUUCACAACCUAGGUGUCCUUUACGCCGACCAAGGCAAGCUGCAAGAGGCCGAGGAGAUGUACUUACGGGCGCUUCAAGGGUACGAGAAGGCAUUAGGACGAGAUCACACGUCAACACUAGACACGGUUAACAACCUAGGUGUCCUUUACGCUGACCAAGGCAAGCUACAAGAGGCCGAGGAGAUGCACUUACGGGCGCUUCAAGGGAAGGAGAAGGCAUUAGGACCGGACCACACGUUAACACUAGACACGGUCCACAACCUAGGUGUUCUUUACAAAAUCCAAGGCAAGCUGCAAGAGGCCGAGGAGAUGUACUUACGGGCGCUUCAAGGGAAGGAGAAGGCAUUAGGACGAGAUCACACGUCAACACUAGACACGGUCCACAACCUAGGUGUCCUUUACGCUGACCAAGGCAAGCUGCAAGAGGCCGAGGAGAUGUACUUACGGGCGCUUCAAGGGUACGAGAAGGCAUUAGGACAAGAUCACGCGUCAACACUACGCACGGUUAACAACCUAGGGAACCUUUACGCCGACCAAGGCAAGCUGCAAGAGGCUGAGGAGAUGUACUUACGGGCGCUUCAAGGGAAGGAGAAGGCAUUAGGACGAGAUCACACGUCAGCACUACAGACGGUCAACAACCUAGGGAACCUUUACGCCGACCAAGGCAAGCUGCAAGAGGCUAAGGAGAUGUACUUACGGGCGCUUCGAGGGUACGAGAAGAUUAUAGAACCCCAAAACAUCACGAGAUACCGGCCAGCGAUCAACACUACGUGGGGUCUAGGGUCCUUGUUACGGACUCAGGGCCAGCUAGUCGAGGCUAGGGCAUACUAUCAGCGCGCUUACAGUAACCUUAAAGGACUGUUGGGAUCGUCGCAUAAAGAUGUCCAAUUCCUACAGAGUACUCUGCUAGACUUGAAUCGUACAAUCGAGGUUGCCUCCGUUGAUGGAGAUAGGCCAACGCCAACGCCAACACAAUCCAGGAAGAAUAGCCGCCGGGAGGCCCUUAAAAAGGUCUUGGGUAUUCGCUCGAAGUGGCCAUCUCACAGUUAA